AUUUGGAGACAAUCAUCAGAGGCCUGACUCACUGUAGCUUGGUUGAAUCACCAAGCCGGACUGGUCUGCUUGUUGGAUAAUUAGAACUUCCACUAAUAUAUUUUCUGGUUUUGAAUUUUAAUCAAAUCCAGGAGUUUGAUACUUUUGACACCAUGAAAGAAGAACAAAGCUUACUCAUUCUCCAGUCCGCUUCUCUUUUUGCUCAUCCUGAAGGAGUGAAGCUAUCGUAUGGGACAGCAGGAUUCAGGGCAGAUGCAUCGAUUCUUAAAUCGACGGUUCACAGGGUUGGGAUGUUGUCUGCUUUGAGAUCGAUCAAAACCCAAUCAGUGGUUGGAUUGAUGAUCACUGCUUCACAUAAUAAAGUCACUGACAAUGGAGUCAAAAUCGUUGAUCACAGUGGUGGAAUGCUCUCUCAAGAAUGGGAACCUUUUGCCGAUCAGCUCGCCAAUGCCGAAACUCCUGAAGCUCUCCUCUCACUCAUAACAGAAUUCAUAGAGAAGGAAAAAAUUCCGUUUGACGGAGUGCAGACUGCGGAGAUCUUGUUGGGAAGAGAUACACGGCCUAGUGGAGAAUCUCUCCUCGAAGCUGCAAUGCAGGGAAUAAGUUCAAUUUUUGGAGCCAUUGCGCUUGAUUUGGGAAUUUUAACAACCCCACAGCUGCAUUGGAUGGUUCGUGCUAGGAAUAAAGGCAUUGUAGCGACAGAACCUGCCUAUUUUGAACAGAUUUCAAGCUCUUUCAGGUGCCUGCUAGACUUGAUCCCAAAUGAAACCGAAAGCAACAAGAUGGAUAACAUAGUGGUGGUUGAUGGGGCUGAUGGUGUUGGUGGAGAGAAACUUGAAGUUUUGAAAAAUAUGUUGACCGGUUUAGUUAUCGAGGUUCGUAAUACUGGUAAAGGUGGAGGUCUACUGAAUGACGGGGUUGGUGCCGAUUAUGUACAAAAAGAGAAGGUUGUUCCACGUGGAUUUGGUUCCGAUGAUGUUGGAAUAAGGUGUGCAAGUUUGGAUGGUGAUGCUGAUCGCAUCGUAUUUUUUACGGUCCCAGAUAACAGCAGCAGCAGAAUUGAUCUUGUUGACGGGGACAAGAUAUUAUCCUUGUUUGCAUUAUUCAUCAAGGAGCAACUAAGUAUUCUGACCAUGGAGGGCAAUGAAAAUCCAAAAAAUAAUUCUGAAGCUCGACUUGGUGUUGUACAGACAGCUUAUGCUAAUGGAGCAUCCACUGAUUAUCUCAAACAGUUGGGUUUGGAAGUCAUUUUUACUCCUACAGGCGUAAAACACUUGCAUGAGAAAGCUGCUCAGUUUGAUAUUGGAAUCUAUUUUGAAGCCAACGGCCAUGGCACUAUCUUGUUCUCUGAAUCCUGGUUAUCUUGGUUAGAGGCCAGGAACAAUGAGCUCAGUUCGGUGUCUGAUGGAUCUGAACAACAGAAAGCUGCUCUAAGACUAAUCUCAGUCAGUAAAUUGAUCAACCCAGCCGUUGGAGAUGCUUUGAGUUGCUUGCUCUUGGUUGAGGCUAUUUUGCAACAUAAGGGUUGGUCCAUUCAUAAAUGGAACGAACUUUACCAGGAUUUACCUAGUCGACAACUUAAGGUCAAAGUUGUGGACAGAACAGCUGUUACAACAACAAAUGCAGAAACUAUAGCUGUUAGCCCCCCUGGCAUUCAAGAAGCUAUUGAUGCUGAAACUGUGAAGUAUCCUAAAGGGCGAUGUUUCAUACGACCAUCAGGCACAGAGGAUGUAAUUCGAGUUUAUGCAGAAGCUUCCACCCAAGAAGCUGCCGACAGCUUGGCCGAUUCCGUCGCCAAAAUAGUCGAUCGUUCUCUCGGCUUUGGCAGCUCUGAAUAGUAGCUUUCCAAAUCAUUUCAUAUUGUAAAAGAAAG